AUGACAUUUUGGGAUGAAAUGGAGUUAAUACUUAUUUGUAUUGCUAUUAUCAUCGUUACGUUUUUAACUAUAUUUGGAAAUUUAUUUGUAUUAUUUGCAUUUUAUAAUGAUCCACGUCUACUCACAGCAAGUAAUAAUUUUAUCCUGUCAAUGGCCAUCGCUGAUUUUCUUGUAGGACUUUGUAUGCCAUUUUAUUCGUUUGUUGAAAUUAAACAUUUGUGGCCAUUUGGUCAGCUAUUUUGUAAAAUAUGGUUGACAGUCGACGAUAUUGCAACACAUGCAAGUGUUCUCAGUAUAGUAGCCAUUACUAUCGAAAGAUAUUGGAGUAUUAAUCAUUCUGCACACUAUCGAAAACAUAUAACAAACACAAGAAUUCGAUUUUGUUCACUUCUUAUAUGGUUAAUACCAUUAAUCAAUUUUGCGCCGGGUAUUUGGUUCUUAAAGCCAAAACGACACAUUGAAAUAAAUGUAAACUCAACAUUAUCAGUCCGAAAAAAUGAACCAUGUAUUGGUGCCUACCAUAAUUAUACAUUCUACUUAAUCAUUGCUCAAUUUAAUUUUUUUGUUUGGCCUCUCAUCGUGAUUAUUAUUCUCAAUUUAUUGAUUGUUAUUAACCUGUAUAAAAGAUCUCAGCGAUUUCCAACAUUAACAUGUGGAACCGUAAAAGUUUCUCGUUUGCAACAACGACGUCAUACACUUCCUGCAUCAUGUCAACAUGAAACACAAUUGGAGAAAAAACCAUCGACGGAACAACUGUUAUUUCAACAUAAAAGUAGCGAAUUAGAAUGGGCACAACCAACAGAUAAUUCUAAUCCAAUUCUCUAUGAAAAUUACAUCAAAUAUAAAAAUUUACACGAUAUAUUUCGCUAUUGUAUCAAUUCAACAAGAGAAUUAGAAUUAAGCAAGGGUGAUGAAAAAUCCAUUGUACCAGUGGAUCACAAUAUUCAAAUGCGGCCGAUCAUUGAAAUUGAUCCACAAAGUGACCAGGACUCGAAUUUAUCUGCACAAAAGAAAAAGAAAUUUUUAGAUUCUUUCAAACAGGCUCGAUGUCGAAUGAAACAUAGACGAAAACAACAUCAAAAUUCUCAAAAAUCUCUUGAAAAUCUCACUGAUUCGAUUACGAAAUCGAAUUAUUCUAGCUCAAAGUCGACUCGUACAUUACGUCAGUCAUUAUUUUCAUGGCGAAAUAGUUCAGUGCUAUUACCUUCAAAUGGCGGUGAACAGCACAGGACAGUUCGUCGUUUAAGACGCGAUAAACGUGCAGCCACAUCAUUAUUAAUCCUUGUUCUUGUAUUUAUGAUAUUUUUACUACCCUAUGUUGUCAUUGUGAUAUGUGGGCGAAUAUUCAAAAUACCGUUAACAGAAAACACGAAUAAAAUAUAUUCGAUUGCAUUCUGGUUACUAUGGCUCAACUCGACAGUUAAUCCAUUUCUUUAUUUGUUUAUUCAACCCCGUUUCAAAGAUGCAUAUAAAAAAUUGUACCAAAGAUUAAUUCAUAGAAGAUUUUGUAAUAAAUUAUAG